CCACCACCACAGCUGCUCCACACACUCGUCUCUGCCAUGUUUGUACUCGGGUCGUGGACAGAAAGUGUCGCCGCAUAAAAGCCGUUCUCCUAUUUUUCUCGUGUUUUGCACCACCAUAAUGGUGCAGUGGUGAAGGUUGAAUUUUGUUGUCAGACUUCAAGCGGGACGGGCCUUGCACCAUGUCAGACAACGCUCAGGAUUAUGAUUUUGAUGCAUAUGACAAACCUGGCGCUGAGCGGUCACGCAGGAGGAGAGGUGAAGAUGAUGAUCUCGAGAGUGAUUUGGAAGAGGAUUUGCUGGAGGAGGAUUGGCUAUCAGGGAAAAAGAAUCCUUCAGAAAUGUCAGAUGAAGAGCUGAAUGAUGACCUCCUUCAAAGUGAUGAUGAAGAUGUGAAUAUGAGCGGUCAGGAUGUCAGCCUCAAUGCCACAUACAGUUUGGGCGCAUCCUAUGACCAGCAGGACAACUUGCAGGAAGCGGACUACACAGAUGACGUUGUAAACCUGGGUGCAGAGGGCUGCGAAGAAGGGGAAGGGGAGGAGACGUAUCAGCAAGAAGAGGAGUACACAGAGGAAUACAGCCAGGAAGAGAUGGCCGAAGACCAAAUAGAUUACCCCGGAAACCUCGUCGAUGGUGACGACGGCUACCAGGAUGAAGUGCUAGACAUCCAAAUUAAUGAGCCCAUAGACGGUGAAUUUCAAGAUGAAGAAUAUCAAACCUCCUAUGGAGAUGGAGACCAACAGGAGGAGGAUCCCGAGGAGGUAGGGCGAGAAAAGCAGCAGGAUGAAGACGCCAGUACUGAGGGACUUGGAGUCUAUGACACAGAGGAGGGUGAAAAUGAAGCUCAGCCUGAAGAAGAAACAAAGGAGGAAUCGGAUGAAGAAGAUGAGGAAGACGAAGAGUCUGGCCGCAUACGGUUUAAAUCUGAGAGGAAGGACGGGGCGGUUGUGCGGCUGGCGGACGCAGGCAGCAAAAGGAGAAACAUUCCUGAAACACUCGAACUGUCAGAAAAGGCCAAGCAAGAUUUAAUGGAGUUUGAAGAACAAGAACGGUAUAAGAGACAAAACCGUUACGGAGGCAGAGGCCGAGGAGGAGGAGGAGGAGGAGGAGGACCAGGAGGAGGGCGAGGAGGCAGAGGAAGAGGAGGAUUCCCUGGAUUUGGAAUGGCAGAUUUUAGGGGAGGAACCAGAGGAAGAAUGAAUGACCAGAGGAUCCCCCUGAUGGGAAACAUGGGCAUGCAGCCGAGCCGAAUGCCUCCUCCUCAUCAGCCUCAUCCGCAGCACCUGCAGUCCCAGCAGUCCCAGCAGCACCACCCUUCACGUCCGAGAGGACCACCUCCUUUCCAGGAGCACGGGCGCCCGCUGGCCCAGCAGCCCCUUCAGCCCCUCCAGCCCCUCAUUCCCUCACACAUGGCCCAUCGCUCGCCGCCGAUGCGACCCCAGAUGGAGCCCCCGCCGCGGAUGAUGAACUCCCCGCCACCCAACUUCCCUCAGCAUCACCAGCAGCAACCGCCACAGCCCAAAAACAUCCACAUUAACCCGCACUUCAGAGGGCCUACAUCAUCCUCUGUGCAAGUGCCCUUGAUGCCUCCUGCUCAGAGCCAGCCCAGACCUGCUGUGGGUCCUCAGAGGUUCCCUGGACCUGGAGACUUCCAGCAGCACAUGCCUGGUAAUUUUGGUCAGCCCCAGCGGCCCCUUCAUCACAUGGAGCCCUUUAGGAACCAGCCACCUCAAGGCCCCCAGGACAGAGAGCCACUCUUUAUGGGAGAGCGCGCAGAUCCGACACAGUUUCCAGGGCAGCACAUGUUUGAUCACCAGGGUCCCAGCCCUCUGAUGAACAGCAACAACAAUCUCCACCAGCAGCAGCAGCAGCUGCCUGGUCAGGGCCACAUGGGCUUCGGCCCGCCAGGACCAGCCUUUAACCAGCCGAACCAGGGCCCGCUAGGACUCUUUCCGAGAGAACCCCCAAGACCCAACCUCCCUCCCCACCAAAGUCACCAGGGGAUGAUGAACCUGAAUCAACAAGGUGGCCCCCCCAACCAGCCCAGGCCUUUCAUGGGCCCUCGUCAGCCUUUUGGCCAGCAGGGGAACCUUUUUCCCCCUCCGCAGGUGCCGUUUGGGAUGCAGGUACGAUUAAGAGGCUUAAUGCACGGCCCGUCUGUCUCGCAGAUUCCACAUCAUGACUCGAUGUCCCCCCAUCAGCCCAUGCACCAGCAGCAGCAACACCAUAGGCAGGACUUACCCCACCACCAUCAGCAGCAACAGCUAAAUCUCAACGACUCUCGCCCCAUGAUGCAUCAUGGCCAAAAUCCUUUCCAUCAACAGCAGGCUCACGGUAGCCCCAGACAGAUGCCCCCCCGCCUUCAAAACACCCAACAACGCAACAUGUCCAACAGGCUGAGAAUGAACACACCUGUCUCCAAGCAAAUGCAACAGCGCAACAGCAACCUGCGGGAGCUCCCUGUAGCACCUGGCAACGCAAACAUGAACAGCGCCCGCCCUGCCUCCACCCACAUGUCUCCCGCUGCCAACGUCAAGCCUGUUGCCAGGACAACACAAGGGAUGCGUCCCGGGCUGAACACUCAGCUGAUGUCUGACGGCGGCAGAGGAAGACGCCCGAUGGCUGCGAAGACCGAACCGCUGCCCGGGGGAGCAGCCAAGGCAGCGGUUCAGAAGGAAACCCCGAACACACCAUCAAGCACAACUCCACAGGACCCUGAUGAGGAUGAAGAGACGCGGCAGUAUCGCCUGAAGAUCGAGGAGCAGAAGCGUUUGAGAGAAGAGAUUCUGAGGAAGAAGGAGAUGCGUCGGCAGAUGCAGGCUGGCUUCAGAAAGAAGGAGCUACUGGAAAGGCUCAAUUCUCAGACAAACACGCAAGGCCCCGAUCCUGCACAGGCUCAGCCUCCACAACCAAAUCAACCAAAUCAGCAAACACCACAACCUGUACAACAACAACAACAGCAGCAACAGCAGCAACAACAACAACAACAACCACCACCACAGCCACAACAACCACCACAGCCACAACAGCAGAGACAGUUUCCUCAGAGGACACAACAAUCAUUGAAUCACACAUUAAAGAAUCAAGGCAACUCCACCCCUCCCAGCGGCUCCGUUCAGCCCCCGACGCCACGUCCCAAUGUCAAGACACGACUGCAGAUGGUAAAAGGCAGCGUUCCACCGCAACAGACUCCUGGGCCUGGUCCACAUCAGCCGUGGAAGCAACCUAAACAAAACCAACAGCAACAACAAAAGAACAGCGCUCUGCAAAGCCUAAACAGUCCUGGCGCUCAGAUCCAGCCUGUUCAAGUUGCCCAAAAGAACACGCCCGUAACUCCUGCGACUCCUGGCUUGACUCAGACUCAAGGACCCAAACCUGGGGCCAAAAGAACUGUGAUGCAGCGAGCCAAGAACUCCGGGUCUUUCGAAGGCCAGCAAGUGCCACAGAAAGUCAGAGUUGUCAAACUUUCAGGAGCGAGUGAAAAGGGGCCUGAGUCCCCCAGUGGACCAGUGCUGCAGGAAGGCACCUGGCCAGCAACUCCUGUCAACCAGGGCGUCCAAAGGAAGGUAACCAUGGCAGGACAGCAGCAGCAACAGCAGCAACAGGGACCAGGUGGAGUACCGCAGGCAGGCCGAGGCAACAUGGGCAACCCACAGCAAAGCAGGGUCGUCGUGUCGGGCCGGGGCCGAGGUAGAGGGGGUGGUCAGAUGGGUCGAGGUCGUCCGGUGGCCACCAGGCAAAGCCAACGGGUUGCGGAGAGCGAACGCUGCACCGUGUCCAUAGAGGGCCUCUCCACUUCAACAACCGACAGUCAGCUGAGGAAUCUUCUCAGGUCCAUCGGCCCCAUAGAGAUGUUCAAAAUGAUUCCCCAGCAGAGGAAAGCCGUUGCUAAAUUUUCCAGUCCCCAGCAUGCAGCAAGUUUCCAGACGAGCUUCCACAGGCAUAUGAUUGAUUUGUCCCACAUUGAUGUGGUGCUGAUUGAUGGAUGAGGAGCACAAUAGAGCCAGGCAGUCCUGCUGCAUCACGUCACUUUCCCCCGUCGUGGGAGCUCCUCAUGCACAGCUCCUCUCUGGUCAAGGAGCAUUUCUUCAUCUCUUUUGGGGGUCACUGAUAUUCAUCGUCUGCACCGAAGCGUCGUCCGUCGUUUAUCUCCUGGAACAGUGAACACAAAGACAUUAGCUGCGAGCAUGCCUGUGUUUGUUUUUUCUCACCAAAUGCCUGUAGUUGUGAAACGGCACUGGAGAGACACUGGACAGUAAAUCAACUUCUUAUGUAAUUUGUGAAGAAUGUGUUUGUUUUGUUGUUUUUUUUUUUGCAUCUUACAUGGACACUAAGUAGAACUUAUCAUGGGAUAAUGGUUGCUCCCCUCCUCGGUAACAUUAAAAUUCAAAAUGGCGUUUUGAUUUGGACGUGACCCCUUCAUAGUAUUUUUUUUUUCUUUUUUAAUAUAUAUAUAUAUAUAUGUAUAUUAUUUGUGGUUCAGUGUUUCCGUGCAGGGAAUGGUUGUGGCUGAGUAUGGUCUCUCCGUUAGCAGUGUUCCUCUUCCUCUGUAGAUGGCAGUAUUUCACCACUAUUGGCUUCAUUCCUUCCUCCCCAGGCAGCAGGUCUUUCAGUACGAGCCUUUAGUUGUUUCUUUGGUCAAUGGCACUACCUAGUGGUCACCUUGCUUGCAGACUCUAAAAGCCUCAGACUUAUUAGUUAACAUUUGACCAACUGCAGUGUGUCGUUUGAAAGUUAUUUUCAAAAAAAUCCCAGUGGUUUUGAGGAAACGUCGGUGUUGUCUUGAGUGGAUUUUUCUGGUGCUAUUCGGCUACAGUGGGGAGAAAGUUAAGAUCGUCUCUCUCGUUUCUGUUAGCGUUUUUGCUCAUUGGGGCGUUGCUCUUUGUUCUCAAUAUCACCUGGUCUUUUAACAGUUGGCUGUAAUUAAUUUUUUUGGAUAUGAAUGUCAUGCCUUUUUCGAUGUAUAUUUUAGUUGCAUGUCUGAUUAUGGAUAAGUUACAUUUAGGUUUCUCGUUGGUGCGCUGGGAGAGCGUCUCAGUAAUUUUUUAUGAUGACGACUUAAAUCUGUAUUGCUGGGCAUUUGUUAUGUUUGUUAGAACUGAAAGAACGGCAACUCUUUGGUAAGAUAAAUACAUUUCUGUUAAGUUCUGCUAGGAUACACUUCUGGGUUUUGAAUAAGUGAUCCUGGGGCUCAUACGUGUACUCAGAAUAAUACUUUUCCCUCAUAUUUUGGCUUAGAUAGAAGAAAUAAGUUCAUCACAAGUCUUUGCCCUAAAAAAAUGUACCCCUUUUAUUAUAAUUUUCUGAAAUUUAAUACUAAAAAUCAAGUUUCUUCAGCAUAAAGUGACUUUAUUUUGAGCCCUUCUGAGCACUUGCCUUUGUUUGGGUGGUGUCACCACAUCCCUGAAAACCCAAAGUCUCUUUAAUGUUAAAUAAGCUUCAGUUUAAUGUCAUAAAUUCUCCGGUUUUCAGCGACUGUUUUUCAUCACGCAACAUUUUUCCUCUAUUCUGGAUUUCGAAUCGGUUAAACAAAAGUUCGUUUCUACAAGAUUGCGGUGAAAUUUUUGUACGCAAACAAAUGUGACAUAGAAAGCUGAGGGGGCAACCAUCACCUGUGUAGCGAUCAUGUACGUAUGUACGACGACAACUUUCAUUCAGCAUCGAUCUUGCAACUUUCUUUUUCUUUUUUCUUUUUCUUUUUUUUUUGGAGGUCUUCUCUUCUAAUGGUGUUGUAACAAGUUAAACAUUUUUAUAUGUAAAGAUGUGUCCAGACAUGAAUCAUUUUACAAGUGGUUUGCUUCUAUUUUAGAGACGAAAUAAGAAAUGACUUGACCACAUUUCUGUUUAUAAGACUUAAAAGUUCGAGGGAAAAAUAAGAAAAUAAAAGCAUGGCCAAUAUACCGUGAACAUGCAGGUAUGUGAAGCCGGUUAAACUUUA